AUGCCGUGGAUGUUUGCACUUGAUCGUGUGAACUAUGCGCGUUGGCUGUCAGUUCACGUUCGAGACAUGCAAUCACUGUCACUAACACAUCCAAGUGUCUAUCAACAGUUUACGUCUGGCGCCAUUGUAGUCAACAUAUCAGCUCGAGCAUUUUCUUCCAUUGCUCUUGACCAUGCACAUGAACAGGCAAAUGCAUCUAUAAAGGGUGAUGGAGGUGCAGUGGGGCUCACAGAGAACCCACACGCUUUACGACGUUGGAUGAUUGGCGGCCCCGAGCUCGCAAGAAUGGUAAACGAGUAUGAAGACCAGUCUUUGCUUAAGAAGAAGGAGACUAAGAAGCAGCAUCAUGACCAAAUGCCAUCAGUUCAAAAGAAGUGA